AUGAUCGUGAACCUGGUGAACAAGUAUGGCGUGGUCCCCAAGAAGUGCUUCCCCGAGUCAUACAGCUCCCGGCGCAGCAUGCACAUGAACGCCAUCAUCAAGACCAAGCUGCGCGAGUUCGCGAAGGAACUAAGGCUGCUGGUGGCCUCCAAGACACCGGACCCCGUGAUUCAGAACACCAUCAAAGCGCAGGUCGCGAUCAUUUUCAACAUUGUCGCCACUUGUCUGGGCACCCCUCCGGAAAAGUUUGUCUACGAGUUCUAUAAUAAGGACAAGGCUUACAACACCUUGGGACCGCUGACGCCGCAGGAAUUCUACAACAAACAUGUCCGGCCUCUGUUCAACGUUGAUGACAAGGUGUGCCUGGUGAGUGACCCGCGGGAAUCGAACCCGUUCGGGCAUCUGUACACGCUGCAAUGCCUCGGCAACGUGGUAGGCGGCAGGCAGACCGCCUACAACAACCAGCCCAUCGAAAUCCUCAUCAAAGCGGUGAAGGACAGCAUCGAGGGUGGUGAGGCGGUGUGGUUCGGAUGCGAGGUCUCAAAGAGAUUCGAGCGCAAAAACGGCCUCGAGGAUUUGGACGCACAAGACUACAAGCUUGUAUUCAACACGGAGGUUCAGAUUGGGAUGAAUAAGGCUGAUCGUCUGUCUUAUGGCGAUUCGUGCAUGACCCAUGCCAUGGUCUUUACAGCUGUUGGAACCGAUGACAAAGGAAACCCAACAAAAUUCCGCGUGGAGAACUCUUACGGCGAGAAGGAGUAUGACAAGGGGUAUCUGCUGCUCACCGCUCCUUGGUUUAGGGAGUUUGUAUUUGAGAUUGUCGUGGACAAGAAAUAUGUACCAGAACAUGUAUUAGAAGUUUUCAAGCAGCAACCCAAAAUAUUGCCGGCUUGGGAUCCAAUGGGCACUUUGGCCUGUCCCGUGUGUUCUAAGGAA